UGUCUAAAUGUAUGGUUACUGUAACUAAAAAUAACUAACGUCACAACAUUAUUAAAAAACCUCGCCUAACAUUAAAAAUCUUCAGUGUCUGAAGGACUGACUUAAAGAUUAUGUCUUACAAGUUUUGAAUUAAGGAGUAAACCAUGGCCUCUUCGCAUUCAAACAAACCAACUGAAUCAAGCAAAUCCAAGAGCGACACAGCCAUUGGACAUGUGCAGAAGGAAUCUCCUAUAAAGAAUGUUCCCUCUGAUAAGGAGGUUAUGUUGGAGCACGGGUUCUACUUGGGAAGGAAACUUGGCUCAGGCAGCUACUCCAAGGUUCGAUUUGCUGUUACCAAAGAUACUUUCGACAAAUUAGCAGUCAAGAUCAUUGAUCGCCGGCGGGCACCGAUGGAUUACCAGCAGUGUUUCCUACCGAGGGAACUGAGUGUAGUCAAGUUCCUGAAAUGCACCAACAUCAUCCGCACGUACGACUGGUUCGAGGAAAACCAAAAGAUCUACCAGAUCAUGGAAUUUGCCGAGAAUGGAGACGUAUUGGAGUACGUGAGAACUGUAUCCAAGGGUGCGGUUGAGGAGUCUCUGGCGCAGAAGUGGGUCCUGCAGACUGCCCGAGCGAUUGCCUUCAUGCACACCCGAGCCAUCGCCCAUCGUGACGUCAAGUGCGAGAACUUGCUCCUCAGUACCGGCUACCACAUCAAGCUGUGCGACUUUGGCUUCGCUCGAAUGACGAGUUACAGGGAGCUGAGCCAGACCUUCUGCGGCUCGGCGGCCUACGCAGCGCCGGAGAUCAUCCGCUCGCAGCCCUAUUGCCCCUUCGCUGGCGACGUCUGGGCCCUGGGCGUGGUGGCCUACAUCCUAGCCACCGGCUACAUGCCAUUUGGGGACGAUGUCCGGAACGUGGCCAAGAUCCUGGAGGCACAGCAACGGGGGGUGCACUUCCCUUCCUCGGCACCGGCGAUCAGCGAAGACUGCAAAGACCUGAUCCGCAGCAUGCUCAACAUCGACGCCCGGACCAGGAUAGACAUCCAGAUGGUACUGGCCCACCCUUGGUUCCGUUCGGAUGAGUGUUUGAAGAGAGCUACCACACCCCGCCUGCGCAAAAUUGCAAUCGAUGAUGAUGAAGGCAUCAGCUGGUAAACAUGUUGCACUUGGGAUGGGGACGUCUUGCAGAGUAAUAAAGAAGCACUUGGUUAUUAAUACAACCCAAUCUGCCUUUUUCAUUUCAUGGAAUUUUCUGGACUGUUUUCUAGGGGACUGAACUAUUGGCAAAAGAAUCGAAUUACAUAAUGUCAAUUUCAAAUUGAGAUCUAUUUGUGGUAUUCUCAUUCCAAUGUGAACUAUGAUAUCUUAGAAAUUAAUCCUGUCAUUUCUGACAAGGUACAUUCAAUAAUGGGCCUACUUGUACUUAAAAUCAUGGUCUUAUGCAGAAAAUGCUAUUACGAAAUACCUUUAAAUUUCGAAAAUCAAGUGCCUAAAAAUCAACCAGGAUAAAAUUCAAUGUAUGAACUUCGAUUAUAGAAUAUCAAACUUUACGCGAUUGUCAUUUUCAAUUUUUUUUCCCGCAGAGAAAUAGGAACUACUUAUUCCCCGCUCCUCAACAGCGAAACUCAGAGUAAUUUUAAAAAGCCACUGUGCUGAGCAAAACCAAUUCAACUUUGCCAGUUCUGGGUUAUUUGAAAAUAGAGAUCAUCGUAAACAAGUGUAUCUACCGAUAAAAUUUAUGUCUAGUAAUGAUUAUUUUAAGCACUUCCUGUGUGAAUGUUUGAUUGGAAAGCACAUAUAUACGCUUCAUAAAAAAAAACUGGACGUUGCGAA